ACUCGGGAGACAGAACUGUAUCCACUUCCUAGCUCUGCCAUGGCAAGAAUGACCUCAGGUGAUGGAUGAGCACACUCUUUGCACGAUUUUGUUAGACCUGGAAUGGAAACUUUUAGUUCGUAUCUGGCAGUGAGGCAAAGUUCUGAAACAUCAUCAGACCCAAGAGGCCUAGAGAGUCCCUUUCCUUCUGAGGAGACCCAGAGACAAAUGUCUCAGUACAAUUUGAGAAGAGGCUGGAUGGUGAUAAGUAACAUGGCAGCACUGCACUGCCGACUCCCCUGGGAUGCAGCCGGUGAAACACCACUGCGCCCGUGGGUUUAAACGUGUGCGUGGUGCUACCCAGGACUGCUCUGCACGUACCAAACGUCAAAAUCCAGGUUCUGCCAGCGAUCCUUUUGCUGCCCUGUGGCGAUAUGGAUCCAUACUCUGUGCUGCUGCUCCCCGCAGCCUUCGCGCCCAGGUACUCUUCAUCGCUAUGAGUUUAAUUUAUAGAGGGGCCGUAGCCCACUUGAUCAGUGCAUGUUGGUCUUUCAUCUGAAGACAGGUUGAUUUGGUUACCUCCUACCACCACAGAUUGUGGUUGGGGAUCGCACUUGCCCCACCACCACUGAGUUAGUGGAGUGCCAAGGACAGAUGUGAAGCAGCUCUUUGUCUCGAUAUUGAUGUGGUAUCCUCUUAACGCAUCACAACACCUCGGGCCCACCGGCAGCACAGGAUAUGGAGGCUCUUGAAGUUGAUGACAUCAGCCCUGCCUUGGAAGUGACUGAAGACUUUUUCAAUAGUUUCGAUACUAAGCUUGAAAAGAUUGUGCAGCCCUCUGAGGUGUAUGGCGUGCAGGAGGUCCCUGAGCUGGUUGGGCACGAGGUGUUUGAUCAUAUAACAGAGAGCAGGAAUCUGAGAAAUGUCGCCUCCUUAGCCAAAAGUAGCCUCAUCUGGGAUCACUGCAAAAAUGGCCUCUUGGAAACCAAAGCUCAGACAGCAUUUCCUGCCAAAGACCAGCACAUGGUGCAGAGGGGAACAACUGCUGACAACCUUGCUUGGGCAGGGGAAGGAGAGACCACAGCUUUUAACAUCUUCAGGAUCUGCCAGCGGAGGAGAGACAGGCCUCGCUCAGUGAAUGACAUCCUGGUGCAGAAUGAGGAAGCCUCCAGGUUCAAACCAGGACACAACAGGUCACGCUCUGAUAUCAGCCAUGUGAACUGGGGAGUGGUCUUCACAGGCACGUCCCUGCAGCAGCCGCCUGCACCUGGUCAGGACAAUAACUGCGCUCUGCUCUCUUACCUGGCAUUAGCCAAGGGAGAGGACAUCCAGGGAAACACAGAACACAAGCCAGUGUUCCCAAAUCUUCUGAAGAAGGGAUACUUAGAAGUUAGAAGAGACAAUGACAGCUACUGGCAAACCUGUUACGCUGAGCUCUCCCCGUACAAACUGUACCUGUAUUGCUUGGACAGCAGUGGCAACCAGACUCUUCCCACCGUGUACCCACUCAUGCGUUUUCAAAGGGUCACUGUUACUGGUGGCAUUGAAACCAAGGUGGUAGACACUGUCCUGUCAGACAGCUCACAGCUCCAGCUGAAGGCAGAGUCCUCGUGGGAGACACUGGACUGGGGACAGAAACUCUGGGAAGCAGUGCGUGCUUCUGUACCUGCUUUCACGAGACAGCAGGAGAAACUGGAGAAUGUGCCAAAGCCUGAAAAUAACAGUGACCUUUCUCAAACCAAUGGAUUACUAGAGAAGCCUAUGGAGCUCUUCCUGUCCAUGAACUUGACUGAAAACAAUAAAGAGUAUCAAAAUAUUCUCAAAUCAGGGACUCUUUACAGGUUAACUGUCCAGAAUAACUGGAAGGCAUUUACUUUUGUCUUGAACAGGUCUUAUCUCAUGGCAUUCCAACCCGGUAGGCUUGAUGAAGAUCCUCUGCUGAGCUACAAUGUCGAUGUGUGCCUGUCGGUGCAGACAGAUACUCAGGAUGACUGUGACUCUUGCUUUCAGGUCAUUUUCCCCCAAGACGUCCUGCGCCUGCGUGCAGAGACGCGUCAGAGGGCCCAGGAGUGGAUGGAGGCAUUGAAAGCAGCAGCCAAUGCUACUAGAAGUUUAACUCAGAACCCACAGGUCACACUUAGGAACAAACCUGGAGAUCGGCCCUUUGGAAGUGACCUCAGGAAGAGCAAGCGCCAGUCUGUGACCACCAGCUUCCUCAGCAUCCUGACCACACUGUCUCUAGAGAGAGGGCUCACAGUGCAGAGCUUCAAGUGUGCAGGCUGUCAGCGCUCCAUAGGUUUGUCCAAUGGAAAAGCCAAGGUGUGCAGCUACAGUGGUUGGUAUUACUGCAGCACUUGCCACGUGGAUGACAGCUUCCUCAUCCCUGCACGGCUGGUUCAUAACUGGGACACUUCCAAAUACAAGGUAUCAAAGCAAGCCAAAGAGUUCCUGGAAUAUGUUUAUGAGGAGCCAUUGAUUGAUAUCCAGCAGGAAAAUCCCAUGCUGUACAAGCAUGCUGAACCUCUGGCAACUGUUGUCCGCCUGAGACAGCAGCUAAAAUCUCUGCGAGCCUACUUGUUCAGCUGCAGAGCUGCAGUGGCUGAAGAUCUGCGUAGAAGGAUCUUUCCCAGAGAGUAUCUUCUCCAGCAAAUCCAUCUUUACUCUCUUGCAGACCUUCAGCAGGUUAUUGAAGGAAAGCUGGCUCCUUUCUUGGGGAAGGUGAUCAAGUUUGCCACCUCUCAUGUGUACAGCUGCAGCCUUUGUAGCCAAAAGGGUUUCAUCUGUGAGAUUUGCAACAAUGGAGAAAUCCUUUACCCCUUUGAGGACAUUUCUACAAGCAGGUGUGAAAGCUGUGGUGCUGUCUUCCAUUCUGAGUGCAAAGUGAAGGCUGUACCGUGCCCCAGGUGUGUGCGCAAAGAGUUGCAGAAGAAGCAGAAAUCCUUCUGGAGACAACUGAAUAUGGACGAGAACUUUGAAGAGUCUUGCAACAUGUUUGAAUUGUCAUACCAGAACACAUGAGUUCCUUAAGGCUGGGGCCAACCUGAAGAGAAUCCCUUUCCCAGCUGCCAGCUCAAGCAAAUUCUCAGCUUAGCCAGGCAGAAAUUUUUUUGAAAAGUAUUAUCUGACCUUCUUCAUCUGUGAAUAACAGCUGCCAAAUUGGCUAUAAAGCCUUGUUGGCUUUGAAAUACCAAUGGCUAAACUGCAUUGAAGUCCAACCACUAGCUCUCAUACAAAAUGUGGUUUACCUGAAAUGCUUUAGGUCUAGGUAAUUAAGCACCUGACUUUCUUUUCCACCUCUGGAGAAGACUUUUUCUCAAGGCAGAAAAUAUUUGCUGCUAUGACCAGGUUAUUUUUUAUGUUUUUCAUUUAGAAUUGCUGAAUCAUCAACUUAUUUAUGUGUAUUAUUUAUUUAUUAGUAGCCUUGGCAGAGGGUCUGAUGGGGUGUUUCACAGAACCCAGUAGAGCAGGAAUUAUUUUAAUUCCACUGUCUCCUUCUGAUACAGACACGUGGUUCCAUUUCCUCAUGUUUUCCGAAAACUAUUUUGAAGAGCCAGUGCAUUUACAUUUUAAAGGAUCUGCUUGCCAAGGAAAGAAAAGGAUCUCCCACCAAACUUAUUGGAGGUGCUUACAAACAUAAGACUCAGAAUUCCUUAAUUUAUGUUUAUAUAUUCAUAACCACCCCAGUGAACUAUUCCAUAUGCAGAUAAGCAGGGGACUUCCUACUCUUUUUAUUCAGGCUGGGUAUAUUGGUUCAGCUCAGUCACUGAAGUCUAUGGAGUUUCAUGCUUGUUAUUCUUGAUCUGUGGAAGGCCAUGUCCUCAUCUCCAGUAACAUGAUGUUGGCUCUGACCUCCUUCUAGUUUCACACUUUAAAGCAUUUAAAGUGCCCACAUUGGUUUUCUUUUUAUUUCAUAAAGUUUAUUUUAAAUGUUUUUCUAACCUGAACCUGAUAAACUGAUAGUCAGGAAAGUUGUCUUACCCGUUUUGGUUAGAAAAUAACCUCCAAAUUGUGAAACACUACUUUGCUGUUUUCAUAUGCAACUCGUGUCCUGCAUUCUCUUUGAGCUUCAAGGCAUUUUAUACUUCUGUAGUGACUUCAGUGGUGGAGAGCGAAGUUCCUCGAGGUAUGAUUCUGCUCCACACACCUGGAACACAGGAAGUAUUAACCACAGCGAAUCCUAUUGCGAAAGGGAAGUACAUGAUGGAUUUAACUGGGGAGAUGUGUGUCAUCACUGGCAGUUUGUUUAAUUCGUUGUGAGUUCACCUCCAGUGAGUAGUUAGAGAUUGUCUUCCCUCCAGUCCACGUUCUUAACUCUUUUUUCCACACCCUGCAGUGAAGUGUGUAUUAUAUACAUAUGAAAGCAGUCACAUAUAUAUAUACACACACACACAUCUAUGUACAGAAAGCAAAUACAGUUUCAGGGAAAAAAAGCCAGUUGCAUGUAUUUUUUCUCUCCUCUCACACAGGUUUGUGAAAGUGUGGAAUACUGAUCUUUGCUUCCUAUAUAAUCUUCUGACUGUUUUAUUCAAGAUUGAAAGCAGUCUUGGUCAUUGAAGCAUCUCACUAAUUGCUGAAGUAUUUUAAAUAACAGGGUACAUCAUGCUUAUGUUAAAAAGUAAAAUGCUACAGUGAGUUGCCUUGCACUGGAGUAUAAGUGGUUACCUUUUCCAGCCUCCAGUCACAGAAAAAGUAGCUGAAUCUGAGCUUUUUCAAGUUUGAGUGCAACUACUAUAUAUAUAGAAGCAUGUUUAUAUCUUGUAUACAUUAGACAACCAGUGCCUUUCUUUUCCAGAAGUCCUUCUCUCUGUGGGAUUCUUUGGAAGGAAGUGAGGGGUUUUCUGUGUUCUUGGCAAAGUACUGUAGGGAUCCCCAUGUUUAAUAAACCUGGUGAAUCAUGCACCUUUGUCACUAAAAUUAAUACUUCCCCUACACAGUGGUGUCUUGUCUAGGCUCACUGUUCCUCAUGUGAAGUGAGUUGCUUUUGGCUAUCACCUUUAAAGGUAUAAUGUUCCUUGCAAAUCCAUUCCCACAAGACGAAUUCCCGGCGUGUUCAGAAAUGCAAACACUGGGGAAGUAUUGUGGAAUUAGUCAUGCAAACAGGAACUGCACUGGUACUGGCUGAAUAAACAGUACGCUCCCAUGUUUUUCAGCAUGUGUCACUACAACUAGUCCUGUGGCAAAGCCAGUAGCUCUGAAACUGUCAGGAUCUGGCAGGAACUAUUUUGAAUUAUCUGUAGAUAAUGUUAGGUGGUUAAAGAAAAAAUGAUAGUGUUUUUCAUAUCAUCGUGCUCUGGUAUUUAAGAUACCUUACAUUGCUGGUUCAUGUCCAGCUCAGUUUGGAGAAGGCUCCUUGUGCACACUGUCAAAAACCAUAUGGAGUCAAGGAAUCAAGGUUCAGACAUUACAAACUAUUAGUUACUUUGACAGAUGUCCUGAUCUCCAAAGUACCAGUUGUGUGUGUGGUUAGAUAUUGGAAUUGAAUUCUGGAAUAACAACAUAGACAGCACUGGAGUUGCUCUGGGUUUGUACAGGUAUUACAGAACAGUUUCUUUGCUAAUAGAGAGUUAACAGAGAAU